AUGGCUGUGUUGGCAGUUUUAACGGAUGAGCAGAUUUGUUUGAUGUUGGCCGUACUUUAUCAUCUAUGGAAGACCUGGAAUACGGCGGUAUGGGAAGGAUCUCUCUUGCACCCAACCACCGUCCGGAGACAAGCCGUGGCAGCCAUGCAUGCUUUCGGCCAGAGCCACCCGAGCUGCCCCAGCCGAGAGCAAUCGGCAGCACCGCCCACGUCACCGCAUACACGGCCUCGUUGCUACAUCGACGCCGGCUUCAGGCCUUCGACCGGCGAAGCUACGUACGGAGCAGUCCUUCUAGCUGCCGACGGAAUGUUUAUCGCGGCAAUAAAUGGCAAGUUGCCGGUUUGUUUUUCACCUCUUAUGGCAGAGGCCGCAGCUUGUAAGGAAGCAUUGUCCUGGUUAAGGGGGAAGAAUGUCAUGACGGUAGAGCUUCUCACUGAUUGUUCAGAAUUGCGGAGCAUUUUGCACCACACCUCGUCAGCUAUACUAUCCUAUGCUGGAGUCGUGAUAGACCAUUGCAGGCUAUCUAUAGCUUCGUUUAUUUAUUGUUCUAUCAGUUUUAUUUCUAAACAGAUUAAUUUACAUGUGCAUACUUUAGCUUCGUUAGCUUUUACUCAGGACAACUCUAUGUAUUGGGAUGCUAUCCAUCCUGACUCUAUUGCUUCGAUGAUUAAUUAA